AAACGCCUUCCUCAUAUACAUUUUCCAACUCUAUUCAUCUUCUUCACGGUCUUGCAAUAAUAGUAAUUUAUUAUUUUCUUUACAACCAAUUUUUAAAUGAGUAUAUAUAAAAAAAAUGAAGUUAAAAAGCUGCAGAGUUCGAAGGGUGAGAGUGGAGGCUAACUUCAUCGCCUUCUUAUCUCUUUCUGAGCUCUAGCAGAGCAAAGCUUCUGAAUUUUCUGGUUCAAUUAAAGGGGGGCUUGUUUGUGCUUCUUUUGAUGAGGAGCAGGAGCAAUUCUUGUAAUAAACCCUUGACGGCUUCACUCAUGAGAGGUUUUUCAAAAUGAGAACUUUUCUCUAGGCUGAUCACUCCUGAAGAUAGCUCAAUAUGGCAUUAAAUUCAUACACCAUGCAGCAUAAGUCUUUGAGCAUAGAAUCUAGACGCAACCAUCUUUUGGCGUUCAAAUGUAGCGAACAGAUGGGCCAUUGCUUGAGACGCUCAGCCUCAUUCUCCACAAGAAGUCCAAGAAGGCAAAAACAUUUCCCCUUGAAGGUUGUUUGUAUUGAUUAUCCAAGACCUGAUAUUGAGAAUACUGUUAAUUUCUUAGAAGCGGCAUACUUAUCCUCAACAUUUCGUGCUACUCCACGCCCGAGUAAACCAUUGCAGGUUGUUAUAGCAGGAGCUGGUUUGGCUGGCUUGUCGACAGCAAAAUAUCUUGCUGAUGCUGGUCAUGUACCCAUAUUAUUGGAGGCAAGAGAUGUCCUGGGUGGCAAGGUCGCAGCAUGGAAGGAUGAGGAUGGAGACUGGUACGAGACGGGAUUGCAUAUAUUCUUUGGAGCUUAUCCGAAUAUACAAAACUUGUUUGGGGAGCUUGGUAUCAAUGAUCGGCUGCAGUGGAAGGAGCAUUCCAUGAUUUUUGCGAUGCCGAACAAACCAGGAGAAUUCAGCAGUUUUGAUUUCCCAGAAGUUCUACCGGCACCAUUGAAUGGAAUUUGGGCCAUAUUAAAGAAUAAUGAGAUGUUGACUUGGCCAGAAAAAGUGCGCUUUGCACUGGGACUUUUGCCAGCUAUGGUGGGAGGGCAAUCCUAUGUUGAAGCUCAGGAUAGUUUGACCGUCAAAGAAUGGAUGAGAAGACAGGGUAUCCCUGAUCGUGUCAAUGAAGAGGUUUUCAUUGCCAUGUCAAAGGCUUUAAAUUUCAUAAACCCUGAUGAGCUUUCAAUGCAGUGUAUACUGAUUGCUUUAAAUCGCUUUCUCCAGGAAAAGCAUGGCUCCAAGAUGGCUUUCUUGGAUGGUAACCCUCCAGAGAGACUAUGCAUUCCAAUAGUUGACCACAUCCAAUCAUUGGGUGGUAAAGUUCAAACUAAUUCACGAAUACAAAAAAUUGAGCUGAACCAUGAUGGUACCGUGAAAUGUUUUGUACUCGGAAAUGGAAAUGUUGUUGAAGGAGAUGUCUAUGUGUUUGCUACACCAGUCGAUAUUUUGAAGCUACUUUUGCCGCAAGAUUGGAAAGAGAUAUCUUAUUUCAAGAAAUUGGAGAAAUUGGUGGGUGUUCCAGUCAUCAAUGUUCAUAUCUGGUUUGACAGAAAGCUGAAGAACACUUCUGAUCAUCUACUUUUUAGCAGAAGUCCCCUCUUGAGUGUCUACGCGGACAUGUCUGUCACUUGUAAGGAAUAUUAUGAUCCUAAUAGGUCCAUGCUUGAGUUAGUUUUUGCACCAGCAGAAGAGUGGAUAGGGAGAAGUGAUGAAGAAAUAAUUGAAGCUACAAUGAUGGAGCUAUCAAAACUAUUUCCUGAUGAAAUAGCAGCCGAUCAGAGCAAAGCAAAAAUGCUCAAAUACUAUGUUGUCAAAACACCUCGAUCGGUCUAUAAAACUGUGCCGAAUUGUGAACCAUGCCGCCCUCUGCAAAGAUCACCUAUCCGAGGAUUUUAUUUAGCAGGAGACUACACGAAACAAAAGUAUUUAGCAUCAAUGGAGGGAGCUGUCCUAUCUGGGAAGCUUUGUGCCCAGUCUAUUGUGCAGGACUAUGAAGUACUAGCCACCAAUACUGGAGCAAGCAAGACUGCUGAGGCAACAGUUGCUUAGCACAAGACACCCCCUUUGUAAAAAAUUUUGGACAUCGCCCUGGUUAAUCAUUGUGGAAGCCAUUCUCGUAAUUUUCUUAAAAAAGAAGCCAUUGUUAUGCGUGUGGAAAUUUUUUUUUUUUUUCCACGAUUACAUUGUAAGCUUUUUCAUCCUAGCAGUUAUAAAAAGAACAAUUGUUCUCCUACUAUUGUUGUGAGCUUUUUCAUCAUAGCAAUUAUUAAAAUAACUUCUCAACA